GGCACAGGUAGGUGGCACUUCUGGGCACAGGUGUGUGACACUGCAGAGUGGCACAAGUGGGUGCACUGCUGCUGGGCACAGGUGGGCACACUGCUGGGCACAGGUGGGCGGAAUUUGCGGGUGGCACUGCUGGGCACCGAUCAUCAGGGCACUGAUCUGAUGUGCGUUGAUGAGGCUGAACCGAUAGGCAGCACUGAUGGGCACUGAUAGGCGGCAGUGAUGAGGUGGCACUGAUAGGCAGCACUGAUGGGUGGUACUGCUGGGCACCACUGAUGGGUGGCAUUGCUGGGCACAGAUGGGUGGCACUGCUGGGCAC